AUGUUUGCCAAAGGCAAAGGCUCGGCGGUGCCCUCGGACGGGCAGGCUCGGGAAAAGUUAGCUUUAUACGUCUACGAAUAUUUACUGCACGUAGGAGCACAGAAGUCCGCACAGACCUUCUUGUCAGAGAUUCGAUGGGAAAAAAACAUCACGUUGGGCGAACCACCUGGGUUUUUGCAUUCGUGGUGGUGCGUGUUUUGGGACCUUUACUGUGCAGCUCCCGAGAGGCGAGACACUUGUGAACACUCAAGUGAAGCAAAAGCCUUUCAUGAUUACAGUGCAGCCGCAGCCCCAAGCCCAGUGCUUGGCAACAUUCCCCCCAAUGAUGGGAUGCCUGGAGGCCCCAUCCCGCCGGGUUUCUUUCAGCCUUUUAUGUCACCGCGAUACGCAGGCGGCCCCAGGCCCCCGAUCAGAAUGGGAAACCAGCCUCCGGGAGGAGUUCCUGGAACACAGCCACUGCUGCCCAACUCCAUGGACCCCACACGACAACAAGGGCACCCCAACAUGGGAGGAUCCAUGCAGAGAAUGAACCCUCCCCGAGGCAUGGGGCCCAUGGGGCCCGGCCCACAGAAUUACGGCAGCGGCAUGAGACCACCACCCAACUCCCUCGGCCCCGCCAUGCCCGGGAUUAACAUGGGCCCGGGAGCUGGCAGACCCUGGCCCAAUCCUAACAGUGCUAACUCAAUUCCAUACUCCUCCUCAUCACCCGGUACCUACGUGGGACCUCCUGGCGGUGGUGGCCCCCCAGGAACACCCAUCAUGCCUAGUCCUGCAGAUUCAACGAAUUCCAGUGACAACAUCUACACAAUGAUUAACCCGGUGCCGCCCGGAGGCAGCCGGUCCAACUUCCCGAUGGGCCCGGGCUCCGACGGCCCGAUGGGAGGCAUGGGCGGCAUGGAGCCACACCACAUGAACGGAUCGCUAGGGUCAGGUGACAUAGAUGGACUUCCAAAAAAUUCUCCCAACAACAUAAGUGGCAUUAGCAAUCCUCCAGGCACCCCGCGAGACGACGGCGAGCUGGGCGGGAACUUCCUCCACUCCUUCCAGAACGACAACUAUUCUCCAAGCAUGACGAUGAGUGUGUGA